GAGUGUCGUGAGUUGCGCUUUCCUCCACGCUGCAGUUGUCUGAUCCCUGUCCCUGGUUUAGCUUCUGCUACUAUACUACUUGUUGUCGCGUCCAGUUACAGACAGUUCAAAUUCGCGGAUAGCAUCAGUACGAGCGUGACCACUGUCUACUAAACAUUCGGUCUCAUCUGCAGUCGAUUAUUUAAUAAUAAUAAUAUUAUUAUUAUUAUUUAAAUAUUUAUUGUGUGCAUAAAACAUUUUUGAAUUAAAAUGGCAUCAAAUUACGUUUGGAUCUUUGCAGUCGUUGCAUUUGCAUUCCUUGUGCAGUCAGGCGAGUCUUUGCGAUGCUGGAGCUGCGUUUCCGACCAGCCUGGAGCCUGUGGCGACCCGUUGAAUAUUACCAGCCAUCAUCAAACUUUCCAUACUCGUGAUUGCGAUUCUACCGCCAAUCAAAAUUCUUACGUUUACAACGAGAAGUUUGUCUGCAAAAAAGUCGUCCAAAGAGAAAACGGAAGACUAGUUGUACGUAGAUCGUGCGAGAUUCCCGGACCGGAAGAACGUGACAUAAAAGACGGAAAAUGUGUCGCACACGACACAACACACAGCCACGUGACCAUGGUGUCUUGUCACAUCUGCAGCACCGAUCUCUGCAAUUCAGCAACUUCAUUGUCUGGAUCAAAAGUUUUCUUAAUUUCCGCAGCAGUUUUUAUCGGGUCUCGUUUUGUGCCAGCUCUAAAGUCAUUCAGCCUUUAAACGAAUGACAAAAUAAAAACGUCACUCUCUAUAUAUAAAUUUUAAUCUUUCCAAAUGCGUUUACACCUACCGAGUGUUACUUAGCUUAAGAAAUUUGAAAUUCAUAAAAAUGACUUGUGGAAAUUUAUAUUUUUUAGUAGAUAAAUUUUCUCGAGUCUAGUAUUUAAUAUAUAACAUAUAUUUAAUCACUAACGUCAUUUGAAUAUAUAUUAUAAUUAUUACAAUAAGAAAAUUAUGGAAAAUUUAUUGUACAUUUUAAUGUUUAUUUUUUUUUAAUUUAGAAAAAAUUAUUUUUGACACUAAAAAUAAUUAUUUUAUGUAUGUUUAUAUACCAAAAAUUUAUUUUAUUAUUUAAAUAUGGGCGCAAACUUGCACCGCAGGUACAAACUUUAACACAACAAUUAUUUUAUUCUUUUUUUUUCACAUUAAAUAAUAACAAUAAUAAAACUUUA